AAGUUGUCUAAAACCUCUCCUUUUCCUCCAUUUUUUAAUGACCCACUUUUCGUUUUUUGAAAUUUUGAAUUUCAACUCCGUUCUUUUGUAAAUGCCCUUUUGACGCUGAUUUUUGUGUCCCUUCUCCACACUACAACCCCUUCUUAACUCUCUUUGUUUUCGCCAAAUCCCACUUCCACAUUCUUCGCUCUGUUUGUGUUUUUCUUUUUGAGAAAUGAAGGAAAUCAAACACUUGUUUGUUUUCCCUGAAACUUUGUUUCUGCUGUUGGUUCUUUGAUCCAGUUGCAACCCACUUGAGGAUGAAGAAACGGUAGCGUCAUAAAGGGUGUGAAGAAGAAAUCUAAGGACACUAGAAGAUUAGAAAUAGGAAAUUUCAUGCUGAAAACUGUCUAAUUAGUAGCAUUUUUGUUUAUAGGAACGUAACAUAAGAUGAUGAAGUCGCAAGGAUAUGUUAAAGGAAGAGCACCGACCAAGGUUACUGCUCAACAGUUAGUGUUUGAGUUGAAACAGAAGGUGGUUUUUGCAUUGAACAAGCUUGCAGAUCGCGAUACUUACCAAAUUGGGUUUGAUGAGCUUGAAAAAACAGCUGAGUGCAUAGCUCCUGAUAUGAUUCCACCUUUCUUGUCCUGUAUAUUGGACACAGAUUCAGAGCAGAAGAGUGCAGUUCGACAGGAAUGCAUUCGGCUAAUGGGUACACUAGCCAAGUUCCACAAAGGCCUUAUUAGGCCUCAUCUUCGUAGAAUGGUUGGGAGCAUUGUGAAACGGCUUAAGGAUCCAGAUUCUGCUGUGAGGGAUGCGUGUAUAGAGACUUGUGGAAUUUUAGCUUCAAAAUUGAUUAAUGCUGGGGAUGAGAGUGAAGAGGUUUUUGUUACUCUUGUUAAACCAAUCUUCGAAUCCUUGGGGGAACAACAUAAGCAAAUGCAAUCAGGUUCAGCAUUUUGUUUGGCAAGGAUUAUUGACAACACUCAGGAUCCACCUAUUUCAAUUUUGCAGCGGAUGUUGGCAAGAACCACAAAGCUUCUUAAGAAUCCGCACUUUAUGGCAAAGCCAGCUGUGAUUGAUUUGAAUAGAAGUAUUAUCCAGGCUGGGGGUGCUUCAAAUCGAAAUGUUCUCUCUGCUGCAAUUCUUGGCAUUCAAGAAGCUCUCAAGAAUAGUGAUUGGACAACUCGUAAAGCUGCAUCUGUUGCGUUAGGUGAAAUUGCUGCGAGUUCUGGUUCCUUCCUGGGGUCUUUUAAGGCUUCAUGCAUUCGCUCCCUUGAAUCAUGUCGAUUUGACAAGGUGAAACCAGUUAGGGACAUUGUACUCCAAACCCUUCAGUAUUGGAAUAACAUUCAAGGAUCGAAUACUCCUGAACCUUCAGAAGCUGGAUCAUCGAUCAAAGAAAACCUUUCUGGGGGUGACUUCAGCGAUGUUACUAGUUCAGUAGAACAUGGAAAGAGGGACGCUGCUAUUAAGAGAGUAGGUGUGGGAUCCACCAGAGGGAGGAUUCCACUAAACAUGAGGAAAACUUGUCGAAAGUAUUUGGAGAACACACAAUAUUUUAAAGCAAACGAUUGCCAUAUUGAAAUAGCUGUUCCAGAAAAGCGCAAUCAGUCUUUAUCAGGAUUUCACACUGAAGAAUCUGAAGGUAGUACGGUCACAAAGACAUUUCAAGGAGUGAGUACUGAUGCUACAGACAUGCAAGAUGUUGAAUAUGACUAUGUCAGAAUGGAUGACAAACAAGAAUGUUCCUCUGUAUCCAAUUUUUUACCUGGACAAGAAUUUGGUACAGUUUACCGUGAGAGUCUUGAAGAAACAAGUAUGCACAAGUCAAAGGAUAGAAAUAAGCGAUUUGUCAAUGAAGGGGUUACUAGUGAUGGAGAAAUAUACUCAACGAAGGUGAAGGAUCGUAGAAGUCUUGAUUCUGUGGUUACAGAGUCUAGCUGUCAAGUUGUACAAGAAUGUGACUCAGAAAUUUCAAAUGAUAUGGCUUGCAUUCGAAAGCAUCUCCUAGAAAUUGAAAACAAGCAGUCGAACUUGAUGGAUUUAUUCAAGGAGUUCACUUCGGGCAUAAUGGAUAGCUUGUCAGCGAUACAAUCAAGGGUAGUGGGAUUAGAACACAUUGUUUAUGGAUUAUCUCAGGAUCUUUUGAGUGGAAGUAGAUAUUCUGACGUUUCAAACUCAAAAUUCAUGAAGCAGAACCAAAGCUUGAAUUCUCCUAGGCUUUCUACAUGCACUCCGAGGCCAUCUGUAGAUGUUCCAGGCAGACAGUCUUCCUUAUUAUCGCUUAAACAUACUAGCAUAUGGGAUGAAAAUGUUGCUGUUAGAAGCCGAUUGAGUAAUGCAACUAAACAUGGAAGUGAUAUUUGGAGGAAGACCAAUUCAGUUAAGAAUCCUCCUGAGAAGGAACUCCAGAAAUAUUGUGAAGAGGGAAUGCAAAAUAGUAGCAGUCGUCACUUGCGAAAUACUAAUGCAGUGUUUGCUUCAUCUCCCUGUGCAACUGUCAGACAAUUUUCAGACGGCAAGAACAACAUUUCUAAAUGUGUGUCCAGUUUCCUACGGCAAGGCGAUGUGGAUGCAGCGUACGUGGAAGCCUUACGUUCCAGUGAUGAGAUUGUUCUGUUUGAACUUCUCGAUCAAACAGGGCCUGUUCUUGAAUGUUUAUCACCUAAAACUAUCAGCCAUAUCCUUCGCAUUUUGGCAUCAUUCCUCCCUGAGCAAAGAUUUAUUCGCUGUAUAAUACCAUGGUUGCAGCAGGUAGUUGAUUUGAGCACAAUGCAUGGAGCAAAUUCUCUCGGUCUCUCGGCCAAAGACAGACAAGAAUUUGUACUUGCCAUCCAGGAGGCUUCAAAAAGUGAAUUUUCUAAUCCUUCAGAGACAAGACUUGUCACUCAGCUAGCAACAAAAUUGUGCUACAUAUGGGGAAAAUGCUCGUGAUCCCCCACAGGAAGCGGUAAAUUGUCAAGUUGUUUCCAGAUCCAGAAUAGAUUUCGAGUAAGCGUUCUUUUGAUUCUUAAACACUCUCUAACCUAGCCAAAGGGUGAUGUAACAGUACAUUUGUAGUUUUUAGAGAUUUUCUAUGCUCAUUUUCUCGUGUAAGUUGAUUUAUAGGCUGUAGCUGAAUUGGAAUGAAAUUUCAUCAUUGUUCUCCAAUGUCGAAAAUGUGUUUGUUUUCA